AUGAAGGAGACCAGGGCAGAGAAGAGAAAAAAGGACAAGUCCGACAGAGCAACGGUCGACAAGGUCCUCGACAAGAGGACGCUGAAGGUUCUGGAGAGACUGCAGGCCAGGGGGAAGCUGGUGAAUCUUCAAGGAAGCCUUUGCACCGGGAAGGAAUCGAAUGUCUAUCUGGGCGAAGCCAGUACAAGCCUGUGCAGCAAGUUUAUCAAGAAUAGAUACAGUGUCACAGAAGAGCCAGGCAGAGAGGGGCAGAUAGUUCCUGUGGUAGUGAAGAUUUUCAAGACAUCUAUAAUGUCCUUCAGAGAUAGAGAAAGAUACAUCAGAAGUGAAAAGAGAUUUCAAAGAUUCUGCACGUCGAACUCGCGCAAGCUGAUCAAGGUGUGGGCCGAGAAGGAGGUCAGGAAUCUCAAGCGGCUAAACAAUGCAGGGAUUCCCUCUCCCGAGCCCAUCUAUCUGAAGAACAACAUUCUUGUGAUGACACAGAUUGGAAGAUGCUCGGAGGUUGCACCCAGGCUACGAGAUGCAAGCAUAAAGGACCUGGAGGGCUGCUACCAACAGUGUGUGAAGAUAAUAAGGGACAUGUACAAGAAAGCAGGGCUUGUGCAUGCAGACUUGUCUGAGUUUAAUCUCCUGUACUUUGAGGGUGUGGUUUAUGUAAUUGAUGUCGGGCAGAGUGUGGAAAUCGACCACGACAAUGCCCAGAGGUUUCUGAUAAUGGACAUAAACAAUAUCAAUAGCUUUUUCAGCAGAAAAGGCGUCAGUGUGGCUAAGGGAAACGAUCUAUUCGAGGAAAUCAGCGGAAAUGUCAUUCCAUUGUAUUUGAAAGAUAUAGAUAUCGGGAGGGAUGCUUUCAUUCCAUCCAGAGUCUCUGAGGUCGGAAACGAGGAGGAUCUUCUUGCUUUUGCUGCAGAUAGUAGAAGCAGGGAGUUUGGAAGCACCACAGACUCGGAUCUCUCGAGCACCGGAGAGGCCAGUGUCGAGGACUCUGAUGCAAGCCUUGGAGCAACGGAGUCAAGAGGAGGCGGAAACAUAAGAGAGGAGAAGAAGAGGAAGAAGAAAACUGUCAAGGAGCUGAACAGAAUCCGAAGGGCAUCCAGAAUCAGUAAGAAGGAGAAGAAGAGGAUAUUCAAGAGGUACAUAGGAAUGAAAAAAAGGAAGAACUAG